AGAGAGGAAAAGCCUGGGAGAGUCUGAGAUUGAAGCCUCUCCCAUUCUCUGUAAUCCGAGGCUAAUCCAGAUCCCACCCAAAGGGCUAGAUUUUGCUGGAACGCAAGUUUUCUGCAAUUCUGGUUAGUGGCAACGGGUCUGAAUUUCCUUGGACAAUGGGGGUUAUGUCAAGGCGGGUUGUGCCUGCCUGCGGUAACCUCUGUUUCUUCUGUCCAUCACUCCGGCCGAGGUCUAGGCAGCCGGUGAAACGGUAUAAGAAGCUUCUUGCAGAUAUAUUUCCUCGAUCUCAGGAUGCAGAACCAAAUGAAAGGAAAAUCGGGAAGCUUUGUGAAUAUGCCUCAAAAAAUGCAUUACGAAUUCCAAAGAUUACUGAUUACCUAGAGCAGAGAUGUUACAAGGAUUUGAGGAAUGGGCACUUUGGAUCUGCAAAAGUUGUGUUGUGCAUUUAUAGGAAAUUGCUAUCUUCAUGUAAGGAGCAGAUGCCUUUUUAUGCUAGUAGUUUGUUGGGGAUAGUUCGGAUUCUUUUGGAACAAACUCGACAUGAUGAGAUGCGGAUUUUGGGUUGCAGUACUCUUGUUGACUUUAUAAAUAGCCAGAUGGAUGGUACAUACAUGUUCAACUUAGAAGGCCUCAUUCCUAAGCUUUGUCAACUGGCUCAAGAGCCUGGAGAAGAUGAAAGAGCUCUAUCUUUACGGUCAGCCGGACUGCAGGCUCUAGCCUUCAUGGUAUGGUUCAUGGGCGAGCACUCCCAUAUUUCAAUGGACUUUGACAAUAUUAUAUCAGUGACUUUGGAGAAUUAUAUGGAUACCGAAAUGAAAGCAGAAACCACAGAUGAAGACAAACAUCAUUCUCAAAAUCAGGAUCAGUGGGUUCAAGGAAUUCUUAAAACAGAGGAAAAUGGCUCCUCCUUCCCAGAUAUCAGUAAGAAGGUUCCUUCCUUACCGAACCACAUUAAAGCCAAACCCGAAUUGGACUCCACAGCGGAUACUUCCAAAAGCCCCUGUUACUGGUCUAGGGUUUGCCUGCAUAAUAUGGCCAUAUUGUCCAAGGAAGCUACGACAGUGCGGCGUGUUCUUGAACCUUUUUUUCAUAAUUUUGAUGCUGAAAACUAUUGGUCCUCUGAAAAAGGGCUUGCCUAUUCUGUGUUAAUGUAUUUGCAAUCGCUGUUGGAGGAAUCAGGAGAUAACUCCCAUCUUUUAUUAUCUAUUUUGGUCAAGCACUUGGAUCACAAGAAUGUUGUCAAACAGCCUCAUAUACAGACAGAUAUUGUUAAUGUAACCACACAACUUGCCCAGAAUGCAAAACAACAAACCUCCCUUGCAAUGGUUGGUGCAAUAACCGACCUGAUGAAACAUUUACGUAAAUGCAUGCAAUAUUCAGCUGAAGCAUCGAGCUCCACAGAUGUUACCGAUCAAAGGAACAUGGCUCUACAGUCUGCUUUAGAGAUUUGCAUCUCACAGCUCUCAAAUAAGGUUGGGGAUGUGGGACCCAUUCUUGACAUGAUGGCUGUGGUGCUAGAGAACAUCCCGACUAAUACCAUUGUAGCAAAAACAACAAUUUCUGCUGUUUAUCGAACUGCACAAAUCAUCUCUUCAGUCCCCAACAUAUCAUAUCACAAAAAGGCCUUUCCUGAAGCCCUGUUUCACCAGUUGCUCUUAGCAAUGGCCCACCCAGAUCAUGAAACACGAGUUGGGGCACACCAUGUUUUCUCAACUGUUCUUAUGCCAUCCCUGGCUUGUCCUUGGGUAGAUCAAAAUGGAAUAUCUUCAGAAGCUUUUUCAGGGUUUUCUGCAGUCAAUACAUUGCAGAAAGUAAGCAGCCAAAGUUUCUCCAUUCAGGUUGGUAAAAACGAUACAGAAUCCACAGAUGGAGAACUGAGGGAAGAACGAAGUCAAAUUGCUGAUGUGAAACAAUCUACACUUUCUCCAUCACAUGCUCAAUCAUAUAGUUUUAAGCAUGCUAUGACUGAUGGGAAAAUGGAGUAUACAUCACUUCGAUUGAGUAGUCACCAAGUGAGUCUUUUACUUUCAUCAAUCUGGGUUCAGGCAACAUCUCCAGAAAAUACCCCUGCUAAUUUUGAAGCUAUGGCCCAUACUUACAACAUUGCUUUGUUGUUUACCCGAUCCAAGACAUCCAGUCACGUGGCUCUAGUUCGGUGUUUCCAGCUGGCAUUCUCCCUUAGGAGCAUAUCUCUAGAUCAAGAAGGAGGUCUGCAUGCAUCACGGCGGAGGUCUCUCUUUACCUUGGCAUCUUACAUGCUUAUAUUUUCAGCCAGGGCGGGCAAUCUUCCAGAGCUAAUUCCUAUUGUUAAAGCAUCCUUGACAGAAACAAUAGUUGAUCCUUAUCUCGAAUUAGUCAAAGACAUCAGGCUGAAGGCUGUUUGUAUAGAAUCCAAUGAGAAAGUGGUAUAUGGAUCACAACAAGAUGAAUUAUCUGCAUUGAAGUCUCUUUCAGCAAUAGAACUGGAUGAUCGACAGUUGAAAGAAACUGUGAUAUCCCACUUCAUGACUAAAUACGGAAAAUUGUCGGAGGAUGAGUUAUCCAGCAUGAAAAAACAACUAUUACAGGGAUUUUCACCUGAUGAUGCAUAUCCAUUUGGUGCUCCUUUAUUCAUGGAGACGCCACGACCAUGUUCUCCACUUGCCCAAAUAGAGUUCCAGCCUUUCCGAGAGGCCAUUGCUCCAGAUGCCUUGACAGAUGAAGAAGCCUUUCCUGAAAUAGAUGGGAGUCAGUCAGAUCGCAAAACAUCACUCUCCAUCAACACACUUGACAUUUUAAGCGUUAACCAGCUUUUAGAAUCGGUUUUGGAAACAGCCCGACAAGUUGCAAGCUUCCCAGUCUCCUCUACACCCAUACCGUAUGACCAAAUGAAGAGUCAAUGUGAAGCCCUUGUGACGGGUAAACAACAGAAGAUGUCAGUGCUUCAAAGUUUCAAGCAACAAGAUACAAAAGCAAUUGUUGUCUACGGUGAAAAUGAGCAGAGCAGCCCCUCUACAAAAUCAUUGGAUUUUCUAGAAGAUGAUUUGAAGUUGGUAAACAAAGAGCAUGUUCGAGGACGGGAUCAGCUUCUCCUAUGCUCGCAUGAGUAUGGACAACAGUCUUUCAGACUUCCCCCUUCAAGCCCUUAUGACAAAUUCAUGAAGGCCGCCGGAUGCUAACAGAUCAGCUGUCUAAUACAUCGACCAGAAGAGGUGGGUUCUGCUGGAUUUCUUGAAGAAAAGAUCAAGUUCGUCACUGGUUUUCGAAGUUGCAGUCUUGCAGAGAACUAAGAAGAUGAAGUUUUGUGUAGUCCAUGAUGGGAAAGGAAGAUAAAGUACAGAAGAUGAGUUGAGUGUUGUGUUACAGAGUUUCUAUAAGGCUUGAAUAAUAGUAUAUAUGUUGUUGAGAAGUGGUUGCAAGCAAACCCAACCCCCCACCCCCCCAAAAAAAUCAAAGUAGGAGGGGAAAUGUGAGCGUUAUUGAUUGCAGAAAAUUCAUUGAUUGAAAUUUUAAAAUAUAUAUAUAAAUAGGGAAAUAAGAAAGUUAAGAUAUUUCA